UGAACAAGUCCUUAGGAAAUGAUUUUCUCUCUUUUCUUUUUUUUCCUGCAUCCGACUAACGGUUGCUGCUCCCAUACAUGUCUUCGUAGUUUGUAUUGAGCCAUUGACUAUGGAAUCUGUGAAAUUUGAACCCAUUAUUAUUUAUUUAUUUAUUUAGUAGUUUUCCUACAUCCAAGAAUGAUUACUAGCAUGAUCCAUCUAAGCGUUACGCUUUCUAUAUUUGGAAGAUUGGAUGGUAGCAAGGAAUCCAUGGAAAGGAUACUUUAGAGUGGAAAGGCAUUUCAAAGAAAAGCAAAUGUUUAUGAAAACUUUAAAGCAAUAACUUCCAUUGAGCCAACCGAGGAAUAGAGCAGCCCACAUUACGAACAAGACAAUAACCUUGGGGUUUUCCACCCAGCGUCACGGAUUUUAUACUAGCAAUGCCUGAAGGCCUUCCAGCAGUCAGAUUAAAAUUAGCAGUUGUCACAAAUCCAGAUAAGGCAUCAGCCUUCGGACAAGGAGGAUAUUCAGCAGCUUCUGCUGUAAUUUUUUUGUCAUAAAUCAGUUUCUUCCAACCAUCAAUUUGAUCCUGGUCGAUACUAUAGAUGCGAGCCCGAUCGUGUAAAGCACCUCUUUGUACCAUUCGAAUUUCAACUCUUGAAAACGUCUGAGCAGUUCGGUCCAUGACAUCGGAAUGUGCGUCAUCAGAGAAGUAUUCCCAAUAACAACAAAAUGGGUCACCAAUUUCAGAGAAAUUCUUGCCAAAAUUUUCAUAGUUAACUCGUUUCGCCGGUGGUCGUCUUCUCCAGUGUUCCUCGUUUCGCUGCUUUCGUUGAAUUUCAUAUGCCUGUCCGCUCUUUGUAUCAGGAAAAUCAGCAGGAAAAAAAGGCAUCUUUUUUUCGAAAGCAAUUUGAUGCAAAUUUUUUAGCCCUCCAAAUCGUACACCUUUCCGAUACAUCAACUUCUGCCAGAAAAACUUUGCUGCUCCCCAAGGCAAUAUGACAGUUAACCCAUUCCAUUUCGGUCGAUGAGUAAUGUAAAUAGGCACUAAUUCGUUUUGAACAUUCAACGUCAAGUGCCUUUUCUGUUGAACAUAAUUAAAAAUAUCAAAAGAUGGUAUUUCAUGUUUAUCCCAUAAACCAAUUUUGCUAUCUAAUACUUCAUCGUUUCUGAUUUCUUUACCACUUUCAUUCAUUCUUUUUUCUUCUUGUCUCAAUUUAGAUUCAUUAUUUACCAAUGAUGCAUCAAACCCAAUGGAUGCGCCAAAUGGAAGAGAAGUAGUAGGUAACGUGGAAAUUGACUUCCAUGUUCCUUUUUCUGAAGACUGAAUGUCUGGGAAAAUGUCAUGAAGAACUAAGUUAGCGUCAGGACCCAAGACGUCGAAUGAAGCCAAUUCCAAUCUCCAAUCAUGCAUAGCAAUUUGAUCAUCUAAAACGGCAAUGCUUGAUAAAUGAUUCCACGCAUCUAAAAAAGCAGAAGCAUGCAGUCGGAUAACUAAUUGUACUACAUUUUCAGAAUUACGAACCGGAAUUUUUGUUUUGCAUGCCUCGUUAGGAUUGUGCCAUUGUAAUAAACAAGGACAUAAGAGCUCUUUCGUUUGAGAAUUUCUGACAUAACUGGUGAAUGAACGAUAAGACCGGGUGUAUGCAGCGGGGAGUCCUGUGGUAAAACAUUCUCCGAACGUUUCUAGGAGAACCUUUAAAGGCCCACUAAUGGAAACUAAUGGUUGAUAAGACAUAUCAAAUGCAAUGGCAUUCAAACAGAAAGCAGCUCUAUGAGUAGGCCGGUAAGACUUUUCAGUUGGACUUUCUGGAAUUGCAUAACCCCAUGCAUUAAUCAUGUGAGCACGUUUUGAAGUCCAAAGGUGAGUUGGUAACCAAACUUUUCGUAAUUGCCGUCCGGCAAACUUCCCGCUUACUAACUUUACUGCAGCUAAGGAUGGAAUCCUAGAAUCCUCAGUUGAGUGUUCUGUUUGUAAUUGCCCAGAGUUUGUAAUUUGAGAACGUAGACCUUGACGUGCUAAUUUUCUGUGGAGUCGUUUUAUGAAUCUUUUUAGGCGUUGCUUGGAAGGAAUAAUUGGUGUUGUAGCAGAAGAACUCAGCUGCAUUUCAUAAUACGCACGGUCCCGUAGAGCCUUGGGAAUCCGUCGAAUAUUAUGAGAAGCCGCACGUCUUCUAAGACAGCGUGGAAGCGCUUGAAAUGCACGUUGAGCACUCGAGUGCUUCGACCGUUGCAUAGCAUCUUGUAAUGCAGAAAUUUCAAAAGAUCUGGAUUCGACAAAGCGUUUAAUGUCCACAGCACCGUUCUUUAAUGCUGGAGAUUCUACCUGAAUAUGUCUAGCAUCGGCAAAUUUCGAUCUCUUCACAUUUGUAUCUUUCGAUUGUAUUUUUUGACCCGACCGUUUCAUUUUCGUAUAGAUGCUCUAAAAAUAAAAACGAAGGAAAAUGUACAGUCGUAAAUGAAGUAGGGAAUGCAAACAAAGAUCUAACCUCAGACCAUAAGGUUUCUUACUGAUAGAUGGGUUUUACCAAGAAAAUAAAACUAAAGAAUACCUGAAUCUCUGUUUAUUUUUGUUUUAAUUCCAAAAUAAUAGCAAAAAUCCUGAACUUUGAAAAUAAAUAUUCAAUCCUGGAACAAAACGUAUUGUACACUAAGGGAAAGCCAAGGCCAAAAAUUUCACCACAAGCAAAACCAAUUUCAUGUUGGUUUUGCAAUACUUUUAACGUUAAUGAAUUACAAUAGUGAAUUAGAAACAUUUGAUAUUCAAAAAGAAGAAAUUUUGAAAGGACUGGCUUCUUCUUUGCCGGAUGCUUCUCCUAAAGGAAAUCCAGAUAGCCCUAUUUUUCCUUUACUAGAUGUAAUAAACUCACACCCAGACUGGGUAACCUCAAGUUCAUGUUCUGGAAGAAUUUCUAUCUAUGUACAAGGAUUAACCUCUAGGAAGGGAGGUGGUUACUGGCUUUUUGUAUCUCACGAACCAUGCACAGAUUUACCUGCUCCCCUUAAUACGGAAUCUGUAGAGUAUGGAAAAUUGCCUGAGUCACCAUCAGAAGGAUCCAGAGAGAUUCAAUUUUCUUUUGAGCCGAUGAUAUUACAUGUCCAAACUCGAUCCCUGGAGACAGCUCAGCACUUACAACGAGUAGCAAUGAGCUGUGGAUUUCGAGAAACAGGGAUUCAGGGAAGCACCAACAAAUAUAUCGUAGCAAUCAGGACGAGCCUAAAGAUUGACGUUCCAAUUGGAGUUGUAGAUGCUUCAGAAAGGAUUCAGCUAUUUGUAACAAAGGAGUAUAUGACAUGGCUUAUAAAAAGGACAUUAGAGUAUUUCGCUGAAAAUCAAAGGCGAAUGGAUAGGAUCAAGGACCAAUUGGAAACACAGGUUGCAAAGCGACUGAAACCAAGACGAAAACUGAAGUGAGACAAAAAUGUAGAAAAAACUCUUAAUUUGUGAAAGCGCAGCUUCAGUGUUCAGUGAGACAACAGGUUGGCUGUGCACAGAAAAACCAUAUGUUUAAGGGGAGCAGCGGCUGGAAAAUAGUAAUACUAUCAAUAAAAGGAGUAUUUACUGGUACUAGA